UUUUCGUUACUUAAUACUUACUCGGUACUCCAGCAUCUUGCGUUUAAAGCUUAGCUAAAAGUUCUCUGUAUUCAAGUUAAAAUGGUUCGUUUCUACGCUAUCGAUUGUGAGAUGGUUGAAAAUGAUUUGGGUAAAAGCAUGGUUGCUAGAGUGUCCCUCGUGGAUGAAGCUUUAGAAACUGUUCUGGAUGAGUAUAUUAAACCUACUCGUCAUGUAGCCGACUACCGGACCUCGAUAUCCGGGAUUAAACGCGGCUACGAAACUGAAGCUAAACCGAAAGAUGAGGUAGUCCGUCGUUUGAAGAGCAUCAUCAACGGGCAUGUGCUCGUGGGGUAUGAUGUGGAAAAAGACCUCGAAGCUUUAGGAAUAUCGCAUUCUAAAGUCAAGGACGUGGCGACCUAUCAGCGUUACCAAAUAUCUGGCCAGAAACAGUCGCUUAAGAAAUUGGCUCAACAAGAGCUUCGCUUGUCCAUUCAAAAUGGACCACAUGACUCUGUUGAAGAUGCGAAAGCUGUGAUGAGGAUUUAUAACAAAGAUCGCUUUUAAUUAUUUAUGUCAAAGAUUAAUUAGCAUUUUACACAAGUACAAUUUAAUAGUUUCUAUUCCGUAAAGUUUCGUAAAAUAAACGCAUUAAUUGAAAAA